AUUCUAGUUUUUAAACUAUAUUCUUUUCCAGAUAAAAUGUUAAACGUUGUUAUCACCCUGGGCCUAAUUGUAGGAAGCAAUGCUCUCCAGUGGGAGGCAAACAGCCCUGGAGAAAUUCUACCAAAUGCUCUCGGUCUAAACGCCAACACCAACACACUCAAGUAUUUUUGCAAGUUUCCAGAUGGUGUUAUCGGUGUUGUGUCAAAUAACAAGGACAUCUGUCAAGGAGUCAAGGAUGGGGAGUAUGUUUCUACUGGAGAUUUCUCAGUCCUAACUUCAACUUCAAACGAGGAAGUUGAUUGGAAGUACUGUAGUGAAGCACCAACAACUGCUAUAUCUUGUGAUCUACAGGUGACAAGUGAGGGUGAUUGUCAUUUUGGCCAAUCUGUCUACUCAGAUGGUAUCUGUCAUGAGAGCAUUGGACCUAUCCAGGAUGGUGUUGUAAACAUGGUGGUUAAGAAAAGACCUUCCAGGUGCCCCUUCAAACUGUACCUGGUAUCAGGAAAGGCCCAAGACGGAACAUGCACAUAGAAACAAAACUCGUUAAAUCGAAAAAUUGAACGUUUAAGUUCAAUUUUAUGUUUAAGAUAGUAAUUGGUAAUUAUGAUAAUUGUUAACCAUAUGUAUUCUCAAAUCCUUUACACAGUUUGAAAAUAUAUGUUUAAUUAUGUUUUUGAAAUAUAUAAUAUUUGUUAAAGAUUU